CGAAUUUUGGCCCGGUCGUGGCUCGCGCGUGUUUGCUCGUUCAAGUCGAUUCGACGACGACCGAGCCUCGACAACAUUGAGUCCGAACGAUAUCAGGAAACUGUGAGACGGGUGAUUGAUUUCUUCUUAAUGGGAUACGACAAGGUCCAGUAUCGUGUGUGGAUCGAUGAAAAGCGUAUGAAGAAUGAAGUGAUAAGUUCGGAAGAGUUUGGGAUUAAGAUCGAUUGCCAAAAUAAUCGAUGCGAAAUUACUGGGAUCUUCUACGAACGAGAGACAAGACGACCGACUUGGAAUUUUCUUCUGCAUCACAGAAAAGAUUUCAACGCCGAGAAACGAAGAAAAACCGCGCGAGACAGCGUCCAUCGACACAUAAAAUGAAAUUCCUGCGACGAGGCCGGUGAUCCAGGUGCCAGCGCUGUUUCCGGUUCAAGUUUCCGGAAGAUCCUCCGUCAACACCGUGAAAGGGAUCGUUCACCGGAAGAAGAGAUAAAAGUCCGCCGUGGAACCGUCGCGUCUCUGGCAAAAAGAGAAAUUCAAAUUCCGCGGAAGGCGUGACGGAAUUGUUUCGCCGGACAAGGAGCCGGGAAAUUCGGGCGGCGAUAAAUUCGGAUCAGCGACGCGAAUAAAUCCUUGACACGUCGAUGCGGCGCGAAGGGACGGAAGAGUGUUCCCGUUGCCGUUGGUUCAAGAUCAAUCGAAUAAAUUCCCGUGGAAGCGCGAAUAAAUUGAAAGAAAUAACAAAAGGAACGUUUGAUAAACGAGUCUCUUGGCGUGAGAGAAGGGGUUGAGACGAGGAAGAGAUUGCAGGUAGAAGAUUCCGAGGGAAGAGGAUUUUGCAGAACAAAUGUCUGAGGAGGCUUUGAGAGGAGCAGAGAAGAUUUUAGAAAAUGAUUUGCUGAGAUCUUUAGUGGUAGAGGUGAACAGGAUUUUGGAAGAUGAGUUGCUGAGAUUUUGAAGGGAGUGUGCGAAGAAUUCAGAAUGAAGGUUUUGGGAAUAUGUUAAAUGUUCUGAAAGAAGUAUAAGGAGGAGGGUUUAAGAAAAAAAGGACUUCAGAAAAACAUGAGAAGUCUGGAAGAAAUAAGAGCUCUAUCGAAAGAAUUGUAAAAAGAGAAUGUUAGGAGGAACUUCGCGAGAAAAUUUGAACAUGAGUAUAAGACGUGUCCGAGAGAAGAAUUAUAAACAAGUUUGAAGAGAAAUGUGAAAAAAAUGAAUUUUUAAAAAGCUAUGAAAGAAGGAAAAGAGGAGUGAGAAGUUUUUAAUAAGAAUAUAUAAGAAGAUUUUAACGGAAAUACAAGAAGAAGGAUAUUAGAGAAGACGAGAAAAUAAUCUCUAGAAAGAGAAUUUAAAGAUUCUGAGAAAAUGGUUCCAGGGGAAUUAUAGGAGGCAGAUUUUAAAAGAAAGUCUACGGGAGAAUUUCAACGGAAGUGCAACAGGAAGGAUUUUAGAGAAGUGCAACGAGAGGAAUUUAAGAGAUGCGCAUGAAGAAAGCUUAAAGGAGAUCAGAGAUUAGAGGUUGAGAGAAAGCCGAGAGAAGGGGGAGGAAAGUUUUCUAUGAGAAGCUUGAAAGGCAAGUGUGGAAGGAAGAUUUGGAAGCGAAGAGGAGAUUCGCCGGUACACGAGGAAAACUUGCGAGGAUCAUAUGGUAUGAGUAAGGAUUUGAAAGAAGCUAUUUUGCGAACGAAGGAUACAAUUACUGUUACAGACAGUAUGAAUCUAAAACAAGGUACGGAAAAAUUCAACUCGCCGGCUUAAACGGAAACAUUUAAAGAGAUAAGGAAACCCCGAAGCAAUUUGAGAACCUGGGAGCUAGCUUGAAAACCUGAAAGCAAAGGAUAACAGAAGAGAUAUCGGUAAAAGCAAGAGAAUCUUGCGAAAAGGAAAAAUAAAUUGUAACGUGAAUUAUUUUUUGCUUCCGACAAAACAGAAGCACUGAGAUUUUAAAGGGAGAACUAAUUUAUCCUCACUCUGUAGUAAAAAGGAAAUCUGUUUCAAAAUUCAAAAUAGGGAGAGGAGUUUUAAACAUUCUUAAAACAUGAAAGACGUCAGUCGAGUCUAAAGAAACAGUUUUCUAGAAAAUUGAUACAAAAGAUCGGAAUACAGAGUUGAAUAAAAUAUUACUGUGAGAAUAGCGAAAAUCCGAAGGAGAUUGUUAACACACUCGAAAGGCAAGAAAAACACCGAGUAACUAGAAAGAAAGAAAAUGUCACAAGAAGUUUAACAGGCGAGGUCGCAAGAGACGCCGGAGGGAACUCCGAGCAAAGUAAAAAGUACUAAAGAAAAUUUGAAGAACAGUUAAACGUUUCCCGAAGUCCAAAAAAAACUUGGGUAACAGUAUAAAGUAACAUCUGCGCGUUGAUCGUGGGAAAAGAAAGGUCUCCAUUAAACCAUGAAGCAAAACCCAUCAAAUAUUUGAAAGAAUCCUACCAGGAAUUUCAGGGAAAACUCCGGGGAAAAUCGGAGGAGUCUAUAAAAACCGAGGAAGCUCGAAAAGUCGGGAAAACUUAAGGAGAAUAACAAGUCUAACGGGACCGUGAUCAAAGAUUUAAAAGGUUAUCCGAACUUACGAAAGAUUGUAUAAUUAAGAAAAGGUUGUAGACUAACAAGGUUGGCCAAAUUAAAAAGAAUACAUCUGUAUAAUUGAAAAAAGCGUAUCGUCUUGAUUAUAUGGAAUAUAUCUAUAUAAUUAUAAAACGUAGAUAUAUUCAUAUAAUUAGAUAAUGCCUAUAUUACGCAGAAUGUAUUUAUACAAUUAAUUGAAACGUUAUAAAAAAUUAAAAGUAGAGACCGACAAAAAGCAAGUGUAAGAGGUUAAAGUUAGACGCUAUAAAAUGAAGACGACGGUGCUCCUAAGACCAAGUGCUACUCGAACACAUUAUUCCUCUCGUUCAGUAGUUUAACGUCGAUUCAUAAUGGCGCAAUACAACUUAAAGUACUCGUGGCCAUUAAAGGAUGCUGUGAACUCCAUCAAAGAGCUCAUAGCGAACCGUAAAACUGGCAGGAUAGCAUAAAAAUUCAAGCGAAGACGGUCAUUUAUGUUCCAUUAACUAUCUUCUUCUAUCUUUUAUCUUCCACAUUUUAUUCAUAAACGAACCGCUAGUGAGUCCACUGAACAAUGUCGUUGACUUGUGUCCAUCGAAUAGAGUGUUUCGUGCGUUUAAUUGACGAAUGAAGUGAUUUCAUCGAACAGUGUUGUUUAUAUUAAAAAAAGGAACUAUGAUGGCGGGCACUGGGGUGAGUGCCGGUGGGGCUGGUAUGCUGAGGACGAGGCGCAGGGAUGUAAGCGUGAAACCGAAUAGGAAACUCGACCGGAAGUCCUCGAGGGGGAUGAUCUAUGAGAAUGAGGAGCUGAGGCUGAGGACCAUUCACAUAAACGCUGAAGUGGAACAAGGUCAGAAUGACAUCAAGAAGCUGCGCAAGGAGAACGAGCAGCUACGUAGGGAGAUAUGGAGCCUCCGAGACGAGUACGACAAACUCGAGGACAUUCUGAAGAGGCAGAAGAGUCGCGGGGAGAGCGAAGAAUACGAGAUCCGCUCUGACGAGGACGAUGGCCUGCAGUCCGACUAUUCCCUCGAGGAGGACGAGGAGUUCGACGAGGACAAGACCACUCAGGAGCCCGACCGGGAUCUCAAUAAAGCUGAACAGCUAGAGAACGCGGAGAACCAGAAAAUCUCCACGGAAAAGAUGACCAGCAGCCUGCACAGGUUGCACGUGGACUUCGACGACCUGUCGGUGGUCGAGGAGGAGGAGGAGCUGAAGAAGGAGAGGGACAAAGCGCCGUCGGAGGAUGGUCAGCUGCCGAGGGAGGAGAAAAGUCCGUUUCCAAUCCUUAAGCCGAGGCAUCUGCACGAGAACAUCCCGUUUUACCCAGCCGCGUACGAGCCACCUGACCUGACUAAUUCCAGUUACUACACCGACUAUCCCUUCAAGUUCCCAAGCACCGCGAAUCUGAUGAUGACACCCGGUAUGCCAGAAAUGGUGUCUUCUUGCCCUAGGCUGCAGCCUGAUCCUUUACUCCCUAGCCUGCCAGGAGCUAACUUGGACCAAGGUAAUGAUCAAGUGCUCCAUGCGCCACCUGUAGGUUGGCAGAGCAACCUGACGAUUUCUCAGAAGCAGAUGACACCGUAUGGGCCAGCUGAUAUAACUGGUCCAUCAAUGGAAACUUUCCUACGGGUCCAUCAAGAUCACCCGAACCAAAGUUUCCCAGUGAACUCGGCAGGGUUUCCUAACUUUCCAGGGGUUGUUCAGAGAAGAAACGUUAACCUGAAGCAACCGAAUUUUAUGUACAGUACAGGACCAUUUGAGGACCAAGUUAAUCUAGAUAAGCUAAAUGAAAAUGGCUGGGCCUAUGAUGUUAAUUCAGCAACUUCGAAACCUUUACUAAAUCAAAGUCCAGGUGAUUCGAAGACAAAGGACUCUGAAGAAAAACCUAAGCACUUUUUUGCUCCUUUGCCAUCGAAAGUGAAGAGACAGAAUGAAGAAUCUUCACCAACGAUCAGCAACUUUGGAACAGGGAGCAGCUCCUGCAGCGCUAAGACUGAAUCCACAGUGGUAUCUAAGAACCAACUGAUGCUCCAGAAAGGUUCAGCUGAUAUCUACGUAAAUGGAGCCGUGCCCUGCGAGGAUAAUCCUUUAAGAAGUAAAGGAGAACAAAGAACGUUCCUCAGUACGGACAAUCUGUUGAUCAACGACGAAAGGGGCACGUGUAAUCAAUUAACUAAGUCCAUGUCGUGUCAAGAUCUGCCUAGCGAGUCUCAACCAGCUUCAAUGAACACCGAGAGCAGGCCUCAGAUAAUGACUCAAAGUGACAACACCUUAGACAACAUAUCAGAUUCUAGACCAUACAGGUCCCACUUAAGUGUCACUCUAAAGAGGCCACGUUGGAAACAAACGGUCAGCCCAGAAACACCAGAAAUACCCAAACUACCAGCCAUUGACUAUCGACUGUUGACCAACCCUUUCUUACGGACUUUCAACCCGAACGUCAGUUACAGGGACCAGAAUAACGUCACCAGGCCCCUGUCUGUCCAAGUGAAUGAUGAUAAUCCCUGUUACUACCGGGCACAACCUAACGUGCCCGCUUUCCAUCGAGCCGGCCAACUAGCCGACAGAUACAGACCUGUCCAACCAGAUCAGAACCGUCUGUUGAUCCCGUCUAAUCAAUUGCUCAACGGGAAACUAGUCUCGCCAGCCACGAAGCACGAGAUCCAGGUGACCUCAUUCGAGAAGCCGAGCCCGCACACCCUAGUUGGUCCAUCGACCUCCUACGAGCUGACCGCCAUGCGCCGACUGAAUGCCAACCCCUAUCUCCACAGCCAGAACCUCUAUCAAAAUAUCCCAUACGUUUCAAGGGGAGGCCUUUACCCUCAAAGGGGAAUGAUGUACUAUGACAACUUAGCGCUGAAGGUUCCUGUUCAAACCCAGACCUCCAUUGACGGAGAAUCGCAUCACGAGGAUGACCAGACAUGUUCCCACGAAGAGAGCGCACCUAGCACGCCCAGCGGGCAACGACGCAAGAAGACGAUCAGGAAGGAGAAAGGACUACUCAAAGAACUGAAUCAUCUAUCGCCGGGCGCGCAGAGGAGAUUGAAGAACCAAAGUAGCGUCACAUCAUCCGAGAUCCAGGAGUCACCUGGAAAGGUGACUAGGAAAAGGCCCCGGAGACUAAGCAUUACGACGACCACUACGUCCGAGGGACAGGAGGAUAAACACGAAAGCAGAUCCUCCUCGUCCGGCCAGGACUCGCCCAAGAAGGAUCAAAUGAGAAGGGUGUCGCUGUACUUCAAUGCAAAGAAGAGACCGUCCCUGGCGUCUGUGAGGACCGCCAGAAGUGAGAGCGUCGAUACCUCAAAAGAUAAAGAGGGGAUGUCCGAAAGGGAGAGGACCAACUCCAUCAGCAGCAGGGAUACUUCUAAAUCGAGAAAGGCUAGCACUAGCAGUGGCAAUGUGCCUUGGUGCGCUUGUUGGGGUAACGGGUGUACGUAGGGUCUUUGAACUAUGAAUUGAUUAGGUGUCCUCGGGAACAAUGAGGUGCAUUAUCUACGGUGAAGUUAUUUUGUGAUUGAACAGUGUAAAGAUUAUUGUUCCUAAUUGAUCUUCUGAUAAAGACUUACGAAUUGGUAGCUUCAAUGGAAGAUUACAAACUUUUACGAUGAAUGGACAGUUUGAUCAGUGUGUAGCUAUUAGAAGCUUGGUACUUUAAGUGCUACGUGACAGAUUGAAGUACUAUAAUGAUAUUUACAGAAUCGGACAAUUAGUUGAAGUGUCUCUGUGCGAAUGAGGAACAAUUUUUAGGGUAUAGUGGUUGCAAGAAACUAACCGGGGAAGCUAUUAGGAGUAUAUCAAUGAAAUAUUGAUCCCAUGGCGACGUGCUCCGCGAGGAGGAGUAUCGACCUUCGGUUUAACUAUAAGGGAACCGCUGUAGCCAAUAGCAGAGAUCGUAAAAGUAGCACCGACAGAAGCAGGACACCAUAAACCCGUUACCGUUCGGGUGACGGUCGCGACGAAGGUGGUUCACGGCCGUGGACACGCAUGUCCUCGAUAUUUAAGGCGGACGUGGAUCGAAUUAAAUGUCGGGAUUAAUGUUUAACGAGGGCCGUUUUUGACCUCCGGCCGCGCCGGAGUCCAUUGAAACUUCGCCGACCUAAAUUUCUCUGUAUUGCCGGCCGAGCGAGAUAAAAGUUAACGACGUUUUGCUGACCGGUGGCCGGAACGGUGCUCGAUAGGGGAUACAUGCUGCGAAGAGACGAUCGUUCAUGCAUUUAAUUAGCGUUAUUAUUGUAUGGUGUACAUAUUGCCGUUGGGUAUACAUAUACGUUGAUACAGUGUAUAGUAUAAUUGGUUGUUCCUAUUUAUGCGCCAAGGUUCACCGGUUGCACCCAAAUUUGUGUAUAAAAGCAUGAGAAUAUAACGAGUAGACACUUCUGUA